AUGAAAAAAUGCACUAAAAGGACGGUAGUGGACGGUAUAACGGUCUCGGUAAACCUUGUUUACGUAACGUUCUCUAGUCUAGCAUUCACAGCUUCAUUCCAGAUGUCCAGGAUCUUGAUUGAAUCCAAGACACCGACGUGGCAACGAGCAAACCUCCAGCUUACGCGACUAAAGGAUGUUGAUUUAGCAGAGGUUCUUACGUUCAAGGAAAUAUCCUGGCAGACUGUUAGAAUUGAAGCCAAGUCAACUGUCAACAAAGAUUUAACUCCUCUUAGGUUGAUAACUAACCAGGCCAGAUGUAGAAUAACAUUAAAGAAGAGAAUCAGUGACUGUUCAAUACUCGGAUGCAGACUUGUGAUAAUCCUAGACGAUCUUCUCUGGGUCUUGACAGAUGACCAAUUAAAGGCUGCUGUUCACUUCAUGGACUCGAUCUCUGGAUUGGUGGCGAAGGCCACUACGACGUCGCAGAAGGCUAAGGCUGUGAGGAAGCUGGAAAACCAGGAUAGUGUUAGAUAUCCUAAGUCUAGGAACUCUUCUUCACAAUCAACCGCGGCCAAAACUUUUCAGAAGUACGAUGUGAUUGAAACCAGUUAUCAUUUCUACAGUGAUAGAAUUGACUUACAUUUCUGCGAUGACCCGGGUGGAGGAAGAAGUUCACAUCCAGAUCUAGCUCAAGGCGGAGCUUUCCAGGUGUCUCUGUCAAAACUGCAGAUAGAUUACUAUCCUUAUCAUCUGGCUCGAGGGGAUAGGAAGCAUUGGGUCAGGUAUUCCGAGUCUCCCCAUAAGUCUUGGUUACAAUCUAACCUUGCAGCAUUUGAUACAAGACUUCUAGAUGUUCUACUUUCAGGACGCAAUCACUCCGUCCUGACUCGUGCUGUGAAGACGCCCCUGGGUCCUGCUGGUGGUGUUGGCGGGGGACAAGGACAGCAGAAAGGGGAACCUGAAGACGAUGCUAUGCGAGAUUUGUUUGUCAAUCAGUUGUCUCGGCUGAUGACUGAGAACGUUGUAGUUCGACUUUAUGACAUAUCUGUGUGGUGUGUAGCGACUAGUACUAGUCCUAGUACUGCAGGAUCUAAACUACAGGAGCUGCUGAAGGGAGAUCAUGCCCGUCUUCACCUUCCUGAAGAUAUUCCUUUCCUUCAUCUAGAGUUCACUUCAUUCUACUACCCGGGGGACUUCGACUUCCCUCUUCCCCCUCCUAUCCUUAUGGUCCACAUGAACCCCCUGACAGUUUGGUUGGAUGUCCUGACCCUAGUCUGGAUAAAUGCUUUCAUUCUUAAUCUUCAGAAGUCCCUGGAGUCACUUCAGGCUAGUUUAGAUAUCGAGAAAUCGGAAACCUUUUAUGCCGACAUUAAACUAGAAAUGCUAAUGCCUCGCAUUGUUUGUGGCGCGAGAAUGACGCACAAAAUAAAAUCUAGUCUAAAACCUUCCUCUCUUCAGAUUCAUGCUAGCAAGAUCUCAAUUGCCAAUUAUAGAAGCCUAGAAACGGGAUCACGUGCUGAUCUAGUCACUGUUCUAGAACUUUUUCAACAAUCUCCUCUUUUCUUUGGAGCUGAGUUCCCGAGCAGACCGCAAGAUGUCUCCAUUGUUUGUCAGAAGUUUGUGUCUCAUGCUACAGGAACAGAUGCUGUAAAAGAGGCGCCAAGUUUACAGGGUGCAUUUAAAAAAGAUCUUCUCUGGACCGAUGCCAGAGAUGUCUGGUAUGUUCUUAUUGACUCCCUAUGGGCUGACUUCACAGUACCUUGUAGUCCUCAUCGUCCUGUUCCCCUAGUUGAUGCUGUUCCCCUAGCAGCUUGGGUUUAUGCUAAACCUAAAGCUAAAUCAAAUCCUGACUGUGAUAAGCAAGAUCGUCCUCAUCGAUCUUUACUUCAAGAUUUCUACUCGGACAAGGAGUCUACUGAUAUCACAGGUGUCGAAUCCAGUUUGCAUGUGAUGGCAUAUACAACUAGUCUUGUAUCUCUUCAGAUAGAUCAUCAUCAGCUCAUCUUCCUUCUACGCCUUGCAGACUCACUUUCAGAGCUUACAGCAUUCCUCUCUGCUGAUACUUCCAACAUAGAUCCUACAGAUAGUAUAGUAUCCGUUGGGGCUGUUAUUCCUCAGAUAGAUGUUUCAAUCCUUCUCCCUUCAACCCAACCUAGCAGUUAUCCUGUUCCAUCCUCACCAACCCUACCUCUCAGUCAAAUCACAGUUGAACUAGAUAUUGAGAGGGCCAGUGUACAAUCCAAAAUACUGGAGGCGGAGCCAAACUUUCAGCUUGGGAGGGAGUCUCAACCUAAACCUGGAGCAGACGCUGAUUUUCGUAGUUCGCUCCAUAUGCAGCCUGUUACUGAUGCUUCAGAUCCUUUAUCCAGCUCAACUAGUCAGGAAUACAUUCAUUCUAGUACAUCUAUCCAAUACCAGACGUCUUCUCACCCUGAAGCACCUCCCUCUCCUUCCCUACCAUCUAGUUCCCCUUAUCACUCCCUUACCCCUUACCCUGGUCCCCCCUCCUUGAAGUUACCCCUGGCCCCUGUUGUAAGUAACGGUAGUAUUGGCAGAAACCGGGGAAUUGCAAGCAGUUUCAACUCUCUUAUGGGCUCAAUGGGUCUUUCAUCCACGAAACAGGAGGGUCACGUGAGUCAUCUGGGGAGCCGGUCACCUGAUAUGGACCUGGAUACUCUAAGUGUGCGAAGUGACGAGAGUGGCGAAAGUACUUGGGACGCAGAGGGUUUCGUUGUUCUUGGUUCUGGACAUGAUAUGAGUGAUCAUUUGUUUUCUGUUCAGAAAGAUGACAGAUCCUGGAGUCCAGCAGAGGUUGCCACGGAGGUUUGUGAGGCUCUAGAUUUUAUUCAAGAAAUGAGAAUAUCAACUCCUUGCCAAGAGGUUCAGGAAAUGGAAGAAAUCCAAAUUAGUGUUUUAACUUUGCAUCUGGGACGUCUCCAGUUCGCUCAACUAGGGGGAGCUAGUAAACCUGCAGCUCAACCAAAAUCAGGAGAAGGGGAUAGAGCAGGAACAGGAGGCGGAGCAGGCGUAAGAGAAAGCCCAUUUUCGUCAGCUCAAGGAGAUGUAUCAUCAAUACUUGUGAGCCUAGGAAGUCUAAGUUUAGAUCCUAUCCUUGAUACUUCAUGGAAAACAUUUCAAAACAGGUUUAAUCAAUGUGGGAAAGGCUGGUCUGAUUCUACCCUAUGCCCCCCUGAGUUCUGGACUGCUAAACUCAGAUUAGAUUCUUCUCCACCUGCUCAACCUCAUCUUGCUCUUCAGAAUCUUCCAGAUGAUCUGCAGAUUUCUAUAGGAGAGAAGAUUUCUAGGGUUUCAGAUGGAUUUCUUGAGCUCAGAGCUAAAGAUCUCAACCUAGAGCUGGUCACAUCUACAAUAGCAAGGUUGGUUGAAUGGAGCCAAGAUGAGAUUCUCCCCUCUCCACUACCUAUUCUACUCCGCCUUCAAAACAUCUGCCUUCACCUAGAGGAUGAUACUCCGCCUCCUCCAGGGAUUCCGGCUCCGCCCCCAGUAGACCUCAAGGUGUCCGCCUUAGAGGUUAAACGUAAAAGAGGCGGAGAACUUGAAAUAUCCAAUCCUGUGGAAGACACAGAUGUUAACGCAUCUACUCAGGUUCAGAGUAGAGAAGGACGGAGCAAGGUUGAAGAUGAUCUUGAAACUGCAAGAACUGAAAUCCUACUCCUCCGACAAAAACUAGCGGAGAAAGAUCUUAACGCUGACAAACUUGUCGGAGAAACUAUAAAGAAACAGGAUGAGUUGAAAGAUUGUCAGAAGCAGGUUGAAGACCUUGUCCUUGAGAGACAAUCCCUCUUGAAUACCCUCAACUAUUUGCAGCAGGAGCUCCUCAGGGCAGGGAUGAAGUAGAUCAUCAAGAUCAUCAUGGAUAUCAAGAUCAUCAUGUUCUCCGAGUGGGAUACCUAAAUUAUCAUGUUCUUCAAGGAUAUCAAGAUCAUCAUGGAUAUCAAGAUCAUGGUGUUCUUCAUGGAAACCAAGAUCAUCAUGUUCUUCUUGGAUAUUAAGAUCAUCAUGUUAUUUACAGAAAUGAGAUAAUUUUCUACAUGGAUAUUAAGAUUAUCAUGUUUUUUAUGGAUGUCAAGAUUUUCAUAUUCUGCUUGAUUAUCAUGUACAUGAUUUUCUUUAUGAAUAUCAAGAUUAUCAUUUUCUUCAAUGAUAUGAUCGAUAUUGGAUAUCAUCUACGUCAAAGUCAUCAUGAUCAGAAUUUUGUUCCAAGAGCAAUAGGAUGAUCGUUGUUUUCUUGAUAAUCAAGAUCCUUCUGAUCAAAUCAGUACAGCAAGAGAUCAUCCUUCUCUUCAGGAUGAUCAUUGAUCAAGAAUAUCCAAAUAUUCAAGUUGUCCAAGAUCAAAAAAGUUCAUAAAGCAUUUUGAAAUUGAAAAACUCGCUGUAAAUAUCAUCAAAAUACCCACCUAGCUCUGCUUUUAUUCCGUUUACACAAUAUACAAAUUUUCCUGUGGUUUGACUUGCUGUUAAACAGUUCUAUGAAAUAGAGGAUUCAGUGACAGACUUAG